UUUCUCCCCUUCACAAAGAUACCACCCGCAUUUUGAUUUUAGGUAUUGGAGGAGGAGGAGGAAGAAGAAGAAGAAUGGCGCACGAUUACACAGAGCAAGACAAGGAUCAUCUCCUCAACAUUCCCAGCACCAAGUCGUACCCAAAGCUGAGCGUGCGUCGUCUCUCUCGGCGCGCCGACACGGGCGACACCAUCCUCUCCAAUCUCUCCUUCGACGUCUUCCCCGGCGCCGUGGUGGGCAUCAUCGGCCCCAGCGGCAGCGGCAAAUCCACGCUCCUGCGGGCGCUCAACCGCCUCUGGGAACCCCCCGCGCAGACCAUCUUCCUCGACGGCCAGGACGUGACCAAGCUCGACGUGAUCGCCCUCCGCCGGCGCGUGGGAAUGCUCUUCCAGACUCCGUGCCUCUUCGAAGGGACUGUGAGCUACAACGUUCGCUAUGGACCCAAGCUCCGAGGCAAAACUCUGGAAGAUGGCGAGGUGCUUGCUCUACUCCAGCAAGCCGAUCUGGAUUCCUCGUUUGCUGACAAGCCCGUCCACGGCCUCUCGGUCGGCCAGUCCCAGCGAGUAGCGCUCGCGAGAACUCUAGCGAAUCGUCCAGAGGUGCUGUUGCUGGACGAGCCAACGAGUAGCUUGGAUCCGGUGUCCACCCAGAAUAUAGAAGCCUCGCUGCUGAAGCUGUGCAAGGACAAAGGCCUCACGCUAGUGCUCGUCUCUCACAGCAUCAACCAGGUCCAGAGGAUGGCCGACGUUGUCUUUUUGCUCGUGAAUGGACAGAUUGUGGAGAUUGUCACGCCUGGAGAGCUAGAGAACGCGAGCCACCCUCUUGCUAGGCAGUUCUUGGACGCGUCCUGAAUCAUCCUCCACCAUUCCCAGUUUUUUAGAGAAAAAACUUGCAUCAGCACCAGCAGUGCUUUUCUUUAUGAUUUAUAUGAAGAAACUUUAAUUCU